AUGUCUAGUCUUGCCGCUACCCGGCGCAUGAUUCGUCAAUUUCUUGAUCAUCAGAUCCCGGCCAAAGACCUGGAAAGGAUCCUAGAGGCUCCUGAGAAGCCCGAGCCCCUCGAAGUGACCUCGUUAAGUCUGACAGACGUUCAGAAUAUCCUUGGUCUCACUUUGGUUGUGGAUGAUGAUUUCGACUCGGUUACGCCUAUUCCCGUCCCGCAAGAUCUUACUGCGGAAACGAAGCAAGCAUCCGCCUGCAAGCUUAACCUCCUCCUUGUCUGCGCUCACGAUCUAGUAUCGUCGUCUUUAAGCAAAUCCGCGAGACCCUUGAACAUUCAGAUGGAACGUACAUGGGCGUAUAGCCCUGUGAAAUGGAAGGGGAAGACACGAAUGCUAUCAGGGCGUCCCGACUAUGGUAUUUGGUAUGGAGAGGAGGAAGACCUAGACUUGAACGUUGUUAUUAUGGAGGCCAAGAGACCGAACAGUGGUACUGAACGUGUUCCGCAGGCGCUGGCAUAUAUGGGGUGCGUCCAUAAGCAGCGUAAAGAUUUUGGGAAAGCAGAUGCCACUGUCUACGGCAUCUCUACCGAUGCCAUGAACUUUACGUUCAUGAAGCUAGAUAAUGAGUCUCAAUGGUCGUUCAAGCUAGUCGGCGUUGUUGGAAACGGCUUCGAACAAGUCCUUGGUCUGCUAGUCUACCUAAUGACGAAAGCGGCCUUAAUGUCACCUGCUUCCUCCAAACGUACAUCUCGACGGACACAACAAGGAUCAGGAGAGUCUGACCUAACUUUCAACCAUGACCCUGAGACAUGGCCAAGACAUUCGACAUCUAACUCUCCGCUCGCUACGCGAAAGAUUGGCGUCGUUCCACAAGACUCUAUCAUGUUCAACGCGUCCAUCCCUGAAAACCUUCCUUACGCUCGACCAUCGGCUAUAGAUGAGGAGAUCCAAGAUGCAUAUCGAGCUGCGGCUAUCCUCGAGAACGUUUUGGCUUCCGUAAAUGGGUACAACAUUACGGUUGGAGAAAUAGUGUCAAGCUAUCUAGUGGAGAACCAUAUCGGAUUGCCAUUGCUCGAGUCUUGA